AAAAUAUUAAAAUAUGGAGCUUUAAAGAGAUAGUAGUUCCAAUUCCCAGACGCAUUUUGUUUCAAAGGUAGAAAGAAGGAGAAAGAAAGUAAGAAGAUAUGGCAGGAAAGAAAAUCCCAGAUGUGUUGCUGAAUUCAGGACACAAAAUGCCAGUUAUAGGAAUGGGAACUUCAGUGGAGAAUCGUCCAUCAAAUGAGACCCUUGCUUCUAUCUAUGUUGAUGCCAUUGAGGUGGGUUACCGUCACUUUGACACUGCUGCAGUGUAUGGGACAGAGGAAGCCAUAGGCCUAGCAGUGGCCAAAGCCAUAGACAAAGGCCUCAUUAAGAGUAGAGAUGAACUUUUCAUCACUUCGAAGCCAUGGAACACUGAUGCACACCCUGAUCUUAUUGUCCCAGCUCUCAAGACCACAUUAAAAAAGCUGGGAGUGGAGUAUGUGGAUCUUUAUCUGAUUCACUGGCCAGUGAGGCUGAGACAUGAUCUUGAAAAUCCAACAGUUUUCUCCAAGGAAGAUUUGCUGCCCUUUGAUGUAGAAGGGACAUGGAAAGCUAUGGAAGAGUGUUACAAGUUGGGGUUAGCAAAGUCUAUUGGCAUAUGCAAUUAUGGUACCAAGAAACUCACCAAACUCUUGGAAAUAGCCACAAUUCCUCCUGCAGUCAUUCAGGUGGAAAUGAACCCAUCAUGGCAGCAAGGGAAACUCAGGGAGUUCUGCAAGCAGAAAGGAAUUCAUGUAAGUGCUUGGUCAGCCCUUGGUGCUUAUAAGAUAUUUUGGGGUUCAGGAGCUGUCAUGGAGAAUCCAAUCCUCCAGGACAUAGCAACAGCAAAAGGGAAGACCAUAGCUCAGGUUGCACUUAGAUGGGUGUACCAACAAGGGUCAAGUGCCAUGGCUAAAAGCACCAACAAGGAGAGGAUGAAGCAGAACCUGGACAUAUUUGAUUUUGAGCUGAGUGAAGAGGAUUUAGAGAGGAUUAGUCAAAUUCCACAGCGUAGGCAAUACACAGGGGACAUGUGGCUAUCUGAAAAUGGUUCUUGCAAGACCUUGGAAGAACUUUGGGAUGGAGACGUUUGAAUGUUUCUUCUAGGGUCUAACUAUAUUUUAGAAUAUAAAUUAUGAGAAUAAACAAGAUGUGAAUUCCAUACUAUUGACAUGUCUUGUACUACUAUUUUAAUUAUGGCUGGCUAUAUCUUCAUAUGAGGACCUAGCUAACCUCAGUUCCCUUAUUUGAGACCUUAAGUUGAAUGAGUGUGACAACUUUAUCAAAGGAGUGAGACUCUGGUGCCUCUUCCAUUCAAAGGAAAUAUAAAAUAUCUAUAUCAUCAAUGCAUGCCUCUGGUUA